AUGCUUCUACAUUCAGCAGCGGGCAUGCACAACCAUGAGUACUCGCGUUCUACCAGUCCUGCUCGGCCUCGCAGCGAUUUCAUGCCUAGAAGAUCACCUUUGAAUCGAUCAUCUUUUUCGAAUCCUGGCCCAGAAUUAUCUACAACUAAUGAAGAUUCAAUACCGGCUUUAUCAACUCGACGCUCAAGAGCAUUAUCCGAAUAUAUACCUCGCAAGUUAGAACAUCAACAGGUGCAUACUGUUCGAUUCCAAGAGCCUGAACCGGAUAGAAUGAGCGAAGAUGGCAGGUCAAUUGCGAACUCGGAAGGAAGUCGGUCGACAAUUGGAGGUCGACGGCGCAGGAGAUCAUCCAAAGCUAGCACAGCAUACAGCUUGGCCCACCCAGCUCCGACUUUGACACACAAGCAACGGUUAUUGAAUAUUCGCCCGAAAUUGCUAAUGCAAUUGCAGUUAUUGUCAGUCGAUAAAAGGCCCAAACCUACAUUAGAUGUCCUUCCUUCGACCGUUGUUGUCUCCAGAUUAGCCAAGAGAUUUCCUCGGAUGUUCAGAGGAAAAGGUGAAUUGGGUGCAAAUGACAUAAUGAUUGUAAAGAGCGAAGACUACGAUACACCGAAUCACUCCAUUGACGAUACAGAUUCUGAUGAGGAGGGAUUCUCGCAUAGAGAUCUUGUUGCAGUUAUUUGUCAAAUGCCCAAGGAUGAAGGGGGUUCUCAAGGAAAAGCCGAGAUAGUUUUAGGCGAUGGUUCUGUGUGGUUAGCAUGCCCACUGCCAACAGGUUCUUACGAAAUGACGAAGUUUGACGAAUCAGGAGCAAAGGUGACCACUAUUCGAUGGGUGAAAAGAGCAUAUCAUCACAAUAUUUCCGAUUUGCCCAACAACGAUGUGAAAUUCAAUUUCAGUAUCAUAGAUCCAAAUUCACGCCGCCACGCAAUUAUGGCGACUAUUACACAAACAAAAUUGGACAUCCCGGAUUAUUAUACCUCAUUAUCUCCUCCGUCUGGAACAGAAACCACAACAACACCGGUGAGUGAGGUAUCUGGUGAGCUCGAAGAUGAGGAUGGCGGGAUGGACACAAUUAUCGAGCGAAUGCCUCAACUCAUGGACGAGACUACCAGGACUUUGAUUCAAGUCACGGGAAUCUGGGUUUCUUUACGCCAAGGCUGGUCUCCCUAUUUCAAAUACAAUGAUGCUAUGGCUACCUUCAGCCAAAACAAAGGUUCAAGAGACUCCGUGAACGGGAGAACCAGAACAUCUUCAGUGACACCAGAUCAAAUGCGAUCAACGUCUUUCACUGCUCUUACUUCCACUCGCUCAAGCACACCCGAAUCUACACUUGGGGCUAUUGGUGAAAAGAUUCUCAGAUGCAAUAAUGCUAAAGUAAAUUCCGUCACAGCGUCUUCGUCACAGGAUGCGAUUACAUCACCAAGGCGAGCAAGAGCCACAUCUACUGGUGCCGCAUUCAUGCAAAGGGCAGCAAGCCGCAAGAUAAAUACAAUUGCCAGCGAUAGUGAAGGAGAAAGCAUAGCUCAAACUCCUGAGAAUAGCCAAUGCCAAAAUGCCAAGGCAAAUAUCUCGAAUCGUGUUUCUUGUCCUCCUGGGUUAGGCACCGUUGCAUCACCUACGCAGACUCCUCAUCAAAGAGUGCUGUCUGCUCACAUAGUUCCGAGCACUGAUACACAGAAUGCUGGCAACAAAAUCAUGGAUAGGCAGAGCGAAGAUGGCCAUGGCAAACCUCCUCCGUUAAAACGGAAGAACAGCCGAUGGAAAUCGUUCAUUAACUGCAUUCGGCGCCGACCUUCUUCUCGCUCCCCCCUCUCGUAA